AUGGCUGCUUCCUCGUCGUCGUCAUCACAGGCCUCAUACGGCCGCAGGAACAUAUUCUACCUCCGCGUGUCUCCCUACCUCGUCCUUCCCUGCAUCCUCUAUAUCGACCCUCGUCAUGUCCUCUGGCUCAACACCCAUCCCUCCACCAUGCCUGCCACGCUCAAGUUUCUCAAAGGCCGCAUCAUGGACAAGCUGGAAAGGGAGGCAAAAGUGAAGAAGUGGAAACAGGAUGGGCAAAACUGGGAGAAGAAGAUAUGGGGGGACAUCAGCGCCGACUUUCAUCUCGCGUACUUCUUCCGCCGUCAGACAGACAGGCACGCCGUACUGGUAAAGGAGAAGGAGAAGGUCUUUCCCAGCGCACAAGGACGGUACCGUCAGCCGACAUCAGCAAAGCGACCCCGUCAAACUGCAUAUGACGAUGAAGAUGAUGACGGACUCGGCGCUGGUGCCGGCCCUUCCGCCAGCAGACUAAGGUCGGAGCAAGGCGAAGUGGGAGAUGUGCAGAUCAAGCCCGACCCGGAAGAUGAGGACGAUGCUGAGAGGUGUCUGCUAGGUGACAGCAGGGACGAUAGGGCAGGCGUCACAUUCGCUGUGCCCGACGAAGAAGAGGAGAUGGAAGACGUCAAGCCGAAGUUCAAGCUGAAAGUCAAGUACAGGGAUUUCACCAUCUUCACAAAAUCCCUCAUCAUCGUCCUCGAGCCCUCUCCCGCAGCCCGUGCUCGCUCCCCAGACCUCUUCCUCUCACAGCAAUCCGCCGAGCGUCGGCAGCUCUCCGUCACACCUGCCGUAGGCGCAGGCGUCUCGGCGGGUACGCUCUAUUCUCGCUCCUCCUCUCAGAGGGGUAGUCGCGAUCCGAGGGGAAUGAGGGAGGAUUCGACUGCUAGCACUAUCGCCGGCUCUAGGAGGGAUGCAAGGACGGGAAGUACGCCGCUAUUUAGGGGUAGUAUGACUCCAAGCGAGGCGGGAGACACGCCAGAGGGGGAUGCAUCAAGAUUCGACUGGAGCCCGAGCCCGAGCCCCGUACCACGGUCGCCACGGGCAAGUCGAGCGGGUGGAGAGGGAGAUGGAGACGCUCAGGGCGAGAGACUAGACGCAGAGGGAGAAGCAGAAGCAGAAGCAGGCGAGUCGGCCUUCCUCCUUGCUGAGCGGAUCCUCACACAGGACGGAGGUGCGGGGGGAGCCGAGGGUAGACUGGAGGGGCGAGAUAGCGUUGCGUAUGGAUACGGUGGUGGAGAAGAUGAGUAA